CAAUAACAUUUUUUUGCUGACGAGUACACGUAGAGAGAAUCAAUCGAGUUGCUUGAAAAGAUUGUCGUAGGUGUAAUUAUGACGGAUUUUUUAUGAGUCUAGUGUGUCGCGCAGCCACAUUGCUGUGUCUGGAGCUUCGCGUAUUGACAUUUUGACAUUUUUUGUCAGCGGUGCUAUGUAUUUGCUUGGAGCUUCUGAAAUAAGUUUGUCCGUCGUAGCUAGAGACUUCUGAGAUUGUGUCGCGAAGGGAAGAAACCCAAGUAAAAGAAAAAGAGCCGAUGUCUUCUUCGUCGUCCACCGCGCCAUUUGGCGUGUCAUCAAAGAGCACAAGCAGUGACACUGUCGAAUUUGUGCGAAAGAAAACUUUUUCCGAUCUCCUUGUGAGCAGUGGCGGUUUAUCUUUCGACGAGUGGAUCGGCGCUCUGGAGCAUGCCGAAGAGGAGUUUCGCGCGCUGCGAUUCCAGAAGAAAGUCGUUGGGAGCCUCGUACUUGCUUACUGACUUUUUUUUUGCAAAAAUGAAUGCGAUGAAUCUUCUUCAUCCAUAUGGCGUUUCGACCACGACGUGGAGUGCUUCGCCAGCACAGAACGAAAACAAAAUGAAUUUCAGGUGAACAUGUGGCAAUUCUGCGUUUUCCACGCAAAUCCGAAGAUAACGUUUUCGCAUAUGGCGUUCUCAAGCGUUACAUUCUCAACUGUUACAUGAUUCGUCAUGCAAAAUGACCAUGAGCCGCAACGCAAGACAAUCAAGCUGCUUCGCAUGACAAAUUAUCGAAGGGCUAAACAGCAUCUAAAUCCGUGCCAAAUUUGUGAUGCAAGGCUUGGAAGCUUGCCCAUGUCCCUAUUGCUGUUUUUGCAUGACAAAUCAUGUAACAGUUGAGAAUGUAACAUUUGAGAACCCCAUAUCGCAGAAGCUCCCCGAGCCUGUGGUGGACAUCAUCCGGAAGUUCAACGGUCAGGUUAUUACAAUGAAAAAUGCCCCCUCCCCAUAUCAAAACGGAAAUCUGUGAUGCAGAUUUGUGGUCACAAAUCAGCUUUGUGAUGCUAGGAGGCAAAAGAUGCGGACUGUAGUGCUGUCUAGUAGGGAAAGCCUUGUAGCUCCAGGAUGACAGGAGGCAACUCGAAAUGGAAAACAGCAUGACAGAUUGCCUGCAAUUUAGGCCGCAGCUUCGUCUCUUGGCCUUCUAGCAAUACAAGUUGAUUUGUGUACUCAAAUACAGCAUCACAAAUUCGCGCAUCUUUCGUUUCCGAUAUGGGGUGGGGGCUUUUUUCACUUUGAUACAGGUGAAGUACCCCGGCGCGGAAGUUGUUUCCCGCGCGACGCUGUGUGCGUUGUCCGACGCGCAGCGGGGCCGGGACUACAAGAAGGCUGCGGACUACCUCGUCGGUAUCUGCCGGGAGGCCGCACUGACGGGCUCGGACACGGCCACCAUCACGGAGGAGGCUUUUGCCCUCGCGCCAAAACUGGCGGACGGGAGCGUGCCGGGGACCCGGCAGGUGUUCGCGGUGAUCGCGCGCAAGGGCUACCAGAUCCUCGACGGUGCGGGGUUCGACUCGGACAACUACCGGUUCGGCUACCGCUUUCCCUACACCAUCCGCUUCAAUUACCACCCGGCCAAGACCGAAAACUGCGAGAUGAUCGCGAGUUUUGUGGACCAGCUGGAGAACCGCGAGGGCCUGUACGCGCCCGCGAUCGAGGAGGGGCAGAAGGUCAGCAAGGGCUCCUCGGAACUGCCCAACCACUUUUUGAAGCUGCUGGGCGAGAGCUACCGCGCAACGCAGAAGGAGGUGCUGGAGUACAUCGUGAAGCUGGUGGAGAAGGCCGCGCAGAACGCGGAUCACGUCUUCUUGCUGUCCGAGGAAAUUUACGAGGAGGCGCCGCGUCUGGCCAAUGGCAAGCGCUACCCCAUGUUCGAGCACGAAAUGCAGGGACUGCACCUCUCGCCCAAGGAAUUCACCAUGUUCAGCCGGCUGAGCAACGUGCCGGGGCUGUCGGCCUCCGCCACGCACCUGCCCGUGGGCUUCGGACUGGGACAGGAAACCUUUCCCAUUGAGAUCUUCAUCUGCGACGCGUGAGAUUAGGCAAAGAAAAAAGCUUUGCAAAUUCUAGUAAUAGAGAAAGAUGAGGAUAGGCGCCUCCACCCCAGCAAUGUCUUUUUUAUCAUGUUCUACCGCGAACAAGCGACCACAUAGCAGAGGGAUGUACUAAUACCUCGUACUGAUCAU